AUGACUUUAUUGAAUAUUCGUAUAUUUUUGGAAUUAUACAAAAAAUUAUCACUAAAGCUAGGAUAUUUAAAUUUGGAAUAUGAUGAACAAAUUGACAAAAUUAUAAACAAGAUCCAAUAUUUUACAAUGAAUAACUACAAGGAAUAUCUUAAUCCGACGGACAAAAAUCUUGACGAGAAAAAUGAAGAAAUUAAGAAAUAUGAAAUUAAAUUAAACGGAAUUAUUAAAAAUUUUAUAAAAGGCAAAAUUAAAGUUGAUAUUAUAAAAGUUUCAUUGGAAGAAGGAUUUCAAUACAUUGGAUACGAUAUUAAGAAAUUAAAAGAUUUAGGGUUCAAGUCGGAAGUUUUAACAGAUGAGGUAAAUAUGGGGGCUUUAUAUAACCACCCCCCCCCCUUUCUUGAGUGUCUCAGAUCUUCCUUAAUAUGA